AUGGAUGAACUCGAGGAGUUUCCUAUGCGAAGAGUCUCCAAAACGGUGAGAUUUGCCGAGAAUCUUGAGACCCCGCCUUCAGAACCCAAAGGUCUAACUCAGGGACAGACGAAGAGCAUUCUCCGAAACUCAGAUCCCAGUGUUCUGUUCGAUGAGUUUGGUGCGCUCAAGCGAUUGUCGCAGAGAGACCAAUUCAAAGACUUUGCCGAAGGUUUCAAGGAAUCGAGCGAUUCUUUCGAGGAUUCGGUCGACCCUUUCGCAGAAUUUAGCGGAGUCAGUACGUUUAAAGACGUGCCCCAAGAAAACUCGCAGGUCAGCAAAUUGGACGAAGUUCUCAACCAGUCCACAGGUAUGUAUGCUACCCCUGAGCAAAACAAGCUCCUGGAUGUAUCUCGAUUCACCCGAACGAUUGCAGGGUACGAGUAUUCAAGCUACAGCCACAGCGGCGACAGAUUCCAAGUCGACGUUGAGUUUGAGAAAUCCGACACGGAAGACAUCAUCGCCGAGUAUCAAGAUCUCUGGCUCGAGCUUCAGUUCUUCUGGGACAUGAUGCUUCGCAUGCAGCCAAACUGUAUCACUUCUAAUGCAGAGUAUACGAAGCAAGCUGUGGAUUAUCUCCUGGACCUCUCUAUUGCUCUGCACCUCCCGGAUACACGACCAGACUAUGAGCCGAGAGCUGCCAGAUCGCAGAUCAAGUGUUUCCGUCGCCGUCUUCGUCGACUGGAAUUGCUACUGCGGACCGAUAUGAACAAAUGUGGCAAUUCAAUUGUCAUGCUUUGUGGAUGUUUGGUCGAUGUCCAGCGUCGCAAGCACAAGUCCCGUCUUUGGGGGCACCUCUUUGAAAGCCCUACCUCGAGCCAGCCUAUUCGGUCAAAGGACACCGUUUUCACAGCCCGCGAUGUAGCGCGCAUGCUCAAACUCGAGGACUUUGUCACUCAUGUCUGGAGAUACGUCGCUCCACAGUUUGGUCCUCAAAAAGCCGAUCUCUUGUUCCUAAACAUGACCGUCGACUUGAUGGACGACGAGAUCAAGCAGUAUCUCCCAACGAAGGAACGUCCGGAAGGUAGCGAUAUCAGACCCGAUUGGGUGGAUGUUUUGCUUCAUCCAUAUUUCCGUGCUGCUGUAGCCAGAGAAAUCAAGGACAUUGUCGAUGAAGCUUCGAUUCUCUAUACCAAGUAUGGAACAUCUCGUCAUCGAGAUGGUUGUGAAGCUCAGAAGACCGCCCAAGCCUGCGGCUGA